GCCCCGCCCUCCUUCUUCGGCGGGCGGGGCUCCGCGGGCCGGACUCGGGGCCGAGGGCCGAACCCCCGCCUCGUCACCACCCGUCGCUGCCUCCGAGUCGCCGAGCGCGUCUGCCGGGCGCCAGCCGAGCCCCUGGGCGCCGACCCACAGAAUGGCCUCUUCUGAGGAGCAAGGGGCUGUCCCCUGUGGUUUCAUCCGCCAGAAUUCCGGCAACUCCAUCUCCUUGGACUUCGAGCCCAACGCAGAGUACCGCUUUGUGGAGCCGCUGGAGGAGCGCUACAGGUGCGCCUUCUGCCGCUCGGUGCUCCACAACCCCCACCAGACGGGCUGCGGGCACCGCUUCUGCCAGGACUGCAUCCUGUCCCUGAGAGAAUUAAAUGCAGUCCCACUCUGCCCUGUAGACAAGGAGGUGAUCAAAUCUCAGGAGGUGUUUAAAGACAAUUGCUGCAAAAGGGAAGUCCUCAAUUUAUAUGUAUUUUGCAAAAAUGCUCCUGGGUGUACGGCCAAGAUCAUUCUGGGACGAUACCAGGACCACCUCCAGCAGUGCUUAUUUCAGGCCGUGCAGUGUUGUAACGAGCGCUGUCGGGAGCCAGUCCUUCGCAAAGACCUGAAAGAGCACGCGAGCACGUACUGCCAGUUUCGAGAGGAAAAAUGCCUUUACUGCAAAAAGGAUGUGGUGGUCAUCAAUCUACAGAAUCACGAGGAAAACUUGUGUCCUGAAUACCCAGUGUCUUGUCCCAACAAGUGUCUGCAGAUGAUUCCACGAACUGAGGUCGAUGAACACCUCGCUGUGUGUCCGGAAGCUGAGCAAGACUGUCCUUUUAAGCACUAUGGCUGUAUGGUCAAGGAAAAACGGGGACACCUGCAGGAGCAUGAGCAUUCAGCCUUACGGGACCACAUGCUUCUGGUUUUAGAAAAGAACCUCCAAUUAGAAGAACAGAUUUCUGACUUAUAUAAAAGCCUAGAACAAAAGGAAAGUAAAAUCCAGCAGCUAGCAGAAACUGUAAAGAAAUUCGAAAAGGAGUUCAAGCAGUUUGCACAGUUGUUUGGCAAAAAUGGAAACUUCCUCUCAAAUAUCCAGGUCCUUGCCAGCCACAUUGACAAGUCUGCUUGGCUAGAAGUUCAGGUGCGUCAGUUGUUACAAAUGGCUAACCAGCAACAAAGCAAAUUUGAUCUGAGGCCUUUGGUGGAAGCGAUCGAUGCAAUGAAACAGAAAAUCACCCUGCUAGAAACAAAUGAUCAAAGAUUAGUUGUUUUGGAAGGGGAGACUAACAAACAUGAUGCCCACAUUAAUAUUCAUAAAGCGCAGCUGAGUAAAAAUGAGGAGCGGUUUAAACUGCUGGAAAGUGCCUGCUACACUGGAAAGCUCAUCUGGAAGGUGACAGACUACAAGCUGAGGAAGAGGGAGGCGCUGGACGGACACACCGUGUCCAUCUUCAGCCAGCCCUUCUACACCAGCCGCUGUGGCUACCGGCUCUGCGCCAGAGCGUACCUGAAUGGGGACGGGUCCGGGAAGGGGACGCACCUGUCGCUGUACUUUGUGGUGAUGCGCGGGGAGUUUGACUCCCUCCUGCAGUGGCCGUUCAGGCAGAGGGUGACGCUGAUGCUUUUGGACCAGAGUGGCAAAAAGAACCACAUUAUGGAGACCUUCAAGGCAGACCCCAAUAGCAGCAGCUUUAAAAGACCCGACGGGGAGAUGAACAUUGCCUCUGGCUGUCCCCGCUUCGUGGCUCAUUCCACUUUGGAGAGUGCCAAGAACACCUACAUAAAAGACGACACCCUCUUCUUGAAAGUGGCUGUGGAUUUAACUGACCUGGAGGAUCUCUAAUCACUGCUUGUGGGGCGACAAAAGGUCUCUUGGAUCCGGAACCUGUGGCUAAUGUAGAGACGGAAUCUAGGUUCAGGACACAUUUGUAUUUGGCUUUUUGCCCUUGAUGUUUGGAGUCCAUUUAAGAUUUCCCAAGUGCUAUCUUCUUUCUGCAUUUUACUCUGUCCCAGGUUGAAGCUUACAGCACCUGGAACAUCUUAUCAUUAUUUAUAUUGUAUAUCUUUGAAAGAUGUUAAUGUUCUUUAAAGUAAGGCCUGGGGCGCACCUCUUUUGCUGGUGCUUCACACGAGGUCCCAGGGUAGGCUUCUGUGAUAUUAAGUGUUGAGGACACGGGGAUAGAAUUCCCAGCUGAAAAUGCCUUGGUAUUUUAUUGUUUGGCCUAUUGAUUCUUGACCUGACCUCAAGCCUGCAAAAGCCAUCCUUUAGGGUGGGCUAUUCUGGUUAAGUAGAUACGUAGUGUACUUCAAAGUCACGUGCCCAGUUUGGACCAGACUUGCUUUGCUCAAAUACUGUAUCUGUGGAAAUUACUACACCUCUGAUAGGUUCACGAAAUUUACAAGUAGUCAGCAAGCAUGGUUUUGCAAGACUGCAUAAGAACUGGUGAACAGGAGUUCCCAUCGUGGCGCAGUGGUUAACGAAUCCGACUAGGAACCAUGAGGUUGCGGGUUCGGUCCAUGCCCUUGCUCAGUGGGUUAACGAUCCAGCGUUUCCGUGAGCUGUGGUGUAGGUUGCAGAUGCGGCUCGGAUCCCACGUUGCUGUGGCUCUGGAGUAGGCCGGUGGCUACAGCUCUGAUUAGACCCCUAGCCUGGGAACCUCCAUAUGCUGCGGAAGCAGCCCAAAGAAAUAGCAAAAAAGACAAAAAAAAAAAAAAAAAAAAAAAAAAGAACUGGUGAACAGAAUAAGCAUUUUCAUUCUCCUGCCGAGGUAAAACAAUAAAUAUAUAUAUAUGUAGGAGAUAUAGCCAUCUAAUUAAAAUUCAGAUUUUAUUCGGUUUAGCCAUGUGAAAAAACUGUUUUCAAACAAAACAAAUAGGAGCAGUUUCAUAAGACUCAAUAAUAUAUAUAUUAUUAUUAAUGCAUUAUUAAUGCCUAAUUAAAAGGCAUUUUGGGGGAGUUCCUGUCAUGGCACAGUGGUUAACGAAUCCGACUAGGAACCAUGAGGUUGCGGGUUCAAUCCCUGGCCUUGCUCAGUGGGUUAAGGAUCCGGCGUUGCCGUGAGCUGUGGUGUAAGUUGCAGAUGCAGCUCGGAUCCCAAGUUGCUGUGAUUCUGGCUGGCAGCUACAGUUCCAAUUUGACCCUAGCCUGGGAACCUCCACAUGCCGCAGGAGCGGCCCAAGAAAUGGCAAAAAGACCAAAAAAAAAAAUAGCAUUUUGGUAAUAGGAUAAUAGUAGUAAAUUAAUAUGCGGAUGGGCAGAAUUUAAUACAUGAUGAAAAAAUAUAAAUGGAUAAGAGGACCUGAAAGCCUUGGGAGAACACAAUUUUAAUUUCCCAUGAAUAUAAGGAGUACUCCAAUCUGAAACUGAUGGCUAAAGACAGUAUCUCCUUUUUAAGAGGAAUUUUGAAUUCAUAAGCUGGUAUGGAAAUGGACAUGUGUAUAAACUUGCGAUGUUUCCUGUUGAAAUCCUGAGUACCUGGUGAAGAGCAGAAAUGCUCACGUUCUCCUUCUGCUUCUCUCUGUGUGGGUCUGGGAGGGUAAACACAGGUCGAGACUGAGCAGCCUGAGCUUAGCAAGGACCUACACGGUUUUCCUGAGGCCCAGCCCUGGUUCUGCCACUGACCGUCCCGCACUCAGCUGGCUCCCUUGCGCGUGCAAGGGCAGGUGCAGCGGGCUGAGGGCCACUUCGUGCAGCUCACGUGGGUGAUGCCCAAGCACCCUGCAACUCCUGAUUAGUUAACCUCGAGACACAGCAUAAUUUAUACCACCGGCUUCUGGAACAAUUGGAACUUUCUUCAUCUCUUCUGUGACAUUUUCAAGAUGCCAAAGACUCAUAUUGUAGACCUCACCCCAAAGGGUUAAAUUCCAAGACCUAAGUUCACAAUAGAAUAGCUAAAGAUGACACUGCAGCAGCUGCUGGUGAACUUGGUACGGCUUCAGCCAAACUCAGGAAGCAUCCAGAGUCCCUUCAUCAUCGAGACAGUGAUCACAGAACAAGGUUUCCAAAAUGAAAAGCACUUCCUUCUCACAACAUAAGAGUUACGAGUUUUGUUUUAAAGAAAUAGAUACGUGAACUAUUGUCCCUUUUUUAUGAUCUGAACAGUUAUUUGUAUUCUGUAUCUGUGGGAUUUAAAUUCUGAUUUCCAUUUUGGUCUGAUUUCAGUUCCUGCUGAAAAGAAAGCAAUACUCUAGGCAUGGAGGGGGAGUUAACAACCUCGAGAAGGUAUACGCAGGAUGAAUGUAGGGUGGGGAGCUGGGGUAGAUAUACAUGCGCAUGAACAGAUCUGAAUGCUGAAUGGUCUCCAGAUGUGAUGUUUUCAGAGAAGCAAGAAAGAGUCACAGGACCAGUUCCCAGGGCCAGUCUAGAAUGCAUGCCAAUGGAACAGAGAGGAAGGAACCCUUUGUAAGGGCCCUUGGACAAUGGUCUGCACCGCAACUACCUCUUUUCUUUUAAAAGUGGUUGGAGACAUGGGUCUUAAUCUUACAUAAGAAUUCUGGGCUUUGGGAAGUUCCCAUCAUGGCUCAGUGGUUACAAAUCUAGUAUCCAUGAGGAUGCAGGUUCAAUCCCUGGUCUUGCUCAGUGGGUUAAGGAUCCUGGGAACCUCCAUAUGCUGUGGGUGUGGCCCCCCCCCCAAAAAAAGAUAGAGAGACAAAAGAAUUCUGGGCUGGGAAUUCCCACUGUGGCUCAGUGGGUUAAGAACCCAACUAGUUAUUCAUGAGGAUGUGGGUUUGAUCCCCGGCCUUGCUCAGUUGGUUAAGAAUCCAGCAUUGCUGUGAGCUGUGGUGUAGGCCGGCAGCUAUGGCUCCAAUUUGACCCCUAGCCAGGGAAUUUCCAUAUGCUCUGGGUGUGACCCUAAAAAGACCCCCCUCCCCACACACACACACGAAUUCUGGGCUGGAGACAAAGCUUUGAUGGCUGCACAGUAGAGGACCAGGCGUGAAAUCUUCCAGAAACAUACAUCACAGUUUAGGGAGGGAAAAGAGGAGCCUGGAAAGCAUUUGGAGAAGAGGUCAGAGGUAGGAAAAGGACCAAGGGAGGCGGGAAGGGAACGGAGGGUCAGUAGGGCCAAAUGCCACCCUGAGACCAGCGGUCGCCCCCAGGGCACACACAGCACUCCUGAACUCAUUAUCUCCCCGUCCUGCUCCCUCCUCAAGCCUCUGUCUCUGACUCGGGCCUUUGCCACAAGCUGCAGACUCUAUAUCCAAGCAGCUGCGAACAUCUAAGCAUAGAAGGCCCCCAGGCACUUCAAAGUCCACCUCACCCUCGGCCCUGGAAAUCAUCCCACCCCCUCCCCACCCGAGCCAACCUGCACUCAAGACUAAAACACAUUUUUAAAUUGCUUUGGCCAGAAUUCCCAUUAUGGCUUAGUGGUUAAAGAAUCUGACUAGUACCCAUGAGGACUCAGGUUCAAUCCCUCGUCUCCCUCAGUGGGUUAAGGAUCCAGCGUUGCUGUGAGCUGUGGUGUAGGCCGGUGGCUACAGCUCCGAUUGGACCCCUAGCCUGGGAACCUCCAUGUGCCAUGGGGGCGGCCCUAAAAAGCAAUAAAUAAAUAAAUAGCUUUGGUCUGUUGGAGUAAUACUUGCUUGAAUGAAACUCCACGUGGACACUACAGUCUGGCUCCGGGAUUCCAAGCAAGUAUGUGAGCAUGUAAGCUGUGAUGAACGCCUUGAAGGAGACACACUGCAGUGAAAGGAGCGUGCUGGGUGGGGAAUCUGGAUGUACUUGGGGUCGUCAGGGAAGGCAUUUAUGCUGCGGUAACGUAAUAUUCCGUGCGCACAUAUUUUCUGGAUGCUCGGCCUUGUGUGAACCACCUUAUAAAAUCUGAGGAAUUUCCUGUGAGGAAA